CUUUGUUUCUUUUCUCCUCGAACGUGAACAGGUCGCGUUUGAAAAGCUAGCUAAUAGUACACUGCUAAAUACAGGGAAAUAUGUUUUCUUAAAUCGAGCUGGUGACCAUACAAGAUCUGGUGUUAUGAGACUCCAGUUCUAGAAGACUUGUGAAUAAACACAGCCCUCUUGACACACACUGAUUUGAAUCGGCAUUGUUUUCACAUCAUUUUAAUUAAAUUACUUUGAACCAACAUGGAAUAGACCUUGAAUUGACGUCUGUGCCCAGCGGGAGGAGAGACACAUCAAACUUGUGACGGCUCCAUACAAUACCCAGGUUUAUUUAUUAUUGCUGUUUUUUUUUAACCAAGAAACAUUCUAACUCGACAGACAAUAUGAGUCAAAAGAAGGGAACAUUGAUGGAUGAAAUCGAAAAGAGUUUAUGGAAUUUAACUGAGGACAAUUUACGCUCCCUUUGUGAACGUUAUGGCCAAGAUGCAUCCGAAGUUAAAGGAAUGGAUCACCGCUCGUUGCGGCGUAAAAUCAUGGAGGAAAUGUGGGACAAUACGGAUUCAAUGAAAUCAGAGGAGCAGGGAACGUCUUGGUUAGUCCAACUGAAAGAGGACAUCAGAAGGAUACUGGAGGAUGCUAGUGGUGAACCCGUGAGUCCCAGCCAAUCAGAUGAAGAAUGGAACGGAAAGGGAGGGGCUGGGUUACCUAGCAACAGGUUGGAGGUGGAACCCGUGAGUCCCAGCCAAUCGGAUGAAGAUGAUCCUGUAGACUGCGAUGAAGAAUGGAACGGAGAGGGAGGGGCUGGGUUACCUAGCAACAGGUUGGAGGUGGAACCCAUGAGUCCCAGCCAAUCGGAUGAUGAUAAUGACACUGCAGACUGUGACGCAGGGGACACGGAUUGGUUGCCUAGCAAUGGGCUGGAGGCAGAGUCCACGAGUCCCAGCCAGUCCGGUGAUUGUGAUGCUGCAGACUGCGAUGAAGAAUUGGACAGGGAGGUCAGGGAAGGGCUGGAGGUGGAGUUAUCUCCAGAGAAGCAUACACCAGAGCAGAAGAUGAAUAUUUAUUUUCCCAGUCAGAAAGACAAGCGUGGCCCACCGAAGACCCUGUGUCGUGCCUCUCCCGGUACCGCCUUAAUUUGGGGUCUGAAGAGGGUGUCUGUGCAGCUGAUGGACUGCAGGAAAACGCCGGGGCAGAAAACCUCCAAGAAAACCCACUCCUGUGCUCAGUGUGGGAAGAGUUUUGCCACAAAAGACAUUCUGGAGCGACAUCUGCUAACUCACACUGGAGAGAAACAGAAGAAUAUAUGCGCUGAAUGUGGAAAAGUAUUCAGUACAUUUUCCAGCCUUACCAGACAUCUGAAAACUCACACUGGAGAGAAAUGUCAUGUUUCUGAAACCACAUGCUCUGAAUGCGGAAAGACAUUCAGUACACAUUCCAGUCUUAGGAGACAUCUGCUAACUCACACUGGAGAGAAACCGUACGUUUGCCCUCGUUGUAAGAAAGGUUUCAAUGAUCCAGGAAACUUGAAGAAACACAUCAGGAGAGCUCACCCAGGAGAGAAGUUGGGUGUGGAGAGGCUCUACCGUGAACCGUGUCCUCACUGUGGGGGGAAGUUUCCCACAAAGAAGGCUUUGGAGGAGCACCUGGUAACCCACACAGGAGAGAAACCUCACCAGUGCUCUGACUGCGGGAAGGGAUUCAAGGAAUUGUCUAGUCUUAAGAGGCAUCUGAGAACUCAUACUGGGGAGAAACCAUACAUUUGCCCUCGUUGUGGCAAGCCUUUUAAUGAUCCAGGAAACUUGAAGAAACACAUGAAAAGAACUCACUCCGGAGAACAUUCCAAAGAGAAACCUUCCAAAAACAAUGUUGGUUCUUCAGAACAGGAGACCGUAAAGAAGCCAGCCCUUCAUCCAUGUUCUCACUGUGGGAAGAAGUUGUCAACCAAGACAAGACUAAAGAUUCACCUGAAGACCCACACUGUAGAGAAAUCUCACAUCUGUCCCGACUGCGGGAAGAGCUUUGCUUUCCGUCCCUCCUUGACCAAACAUCAGAAACUUAGUCAUUCAGAGCACGGAGGAGUGAAACGGCACGAAUGUUCAGUCUGUGGGAAAGUCUUUAAUCAACCAGGAGCCUUGAGGUCCCAUCAAAGAACCCACACUGGAGAGAAACCUCACCUCUGUGCUGACUGUGGGAAGAGUUUCUCUUUUCAGUCGUCUCUGAAAAGACAUCAGGCACUUCACGCAGCAGGUAGUGCGAAGCCCCACAUGUGCUCUGUCUGUGGGAAAGGCUUUAGAGAUUCUGGAUACUUAAUAAAACAUCAAGCCAUCCAUUCGGAAGAGAAACCUCACCUCUGUUCUGAUUGUGGAAAGACUUUUGCAUCCUUAUUUACCUUAACGAAUCAUUCCAAAUUGCAUCGUUUAAACAGAGACCAAUUCCAAUGCCCUGAAUGCAAACGCCAUUUCCCAACAAAGGAAAGGCUGACAAGCCACCAGAGAACGCAUACCGGGAGAAACCAUUUCGCUGCUCCCAAUGCCACAAACGCUUCUCUCACUCAAAGGCUGGCUUCUAAGGCAGGGUUAGAGACUCACCUGCGGACCCACACUGGAGAGAAACCUCACCUCUGCGCCGACUGCGGCAAGAGCUUCGGCUUCCACUCAGCUUUGAGAAGACAUCAGAAAACGCAGCACGGAGAGCAAGUAGCGAAGCCGCACGUCUGCUCUGUCUGUGGAAAAGGUUUCAUGGAAUCUGGAGCGCUGAAGAAACAUGUGGUGACCCACGAGGAGAAACAGCACCUCUGUCCCGACUGCGGGAAGACCUUCAGGGUGGUUCAGGCCUUGUCAAAUCAUCAGAGAACCAAGCAUCAAAAAACGAACAAGGAAGUAAGAGAGAAGAAUCCGUUCUUGUGCCUUACUUGCGGCCAGGAAUUCAAUUCAAAGCAUAGAUUGGUAAUCCACGAGCGAAAGCACACAGGAGAGAAGCCUUACCAAUGCUCCCAUUGCGACAAAUGCUUCACUGAGAAGUCAUACAUGAAACGUCACCAAACGGUGCACACGGGAGAUAAACCUUUCCAGUGCUCCGUCUGCGACAUGAAGUUUUCGCAUGGUGCAUCUUUAAUACGGCACCGCCUAAUACACUCAGGUGAGAAACCGUACCACUGCACUUACUGCGACAAGAGUUUCUCUCAGUCAAAUACGCUGAAAACACACAUACUAACGCACACCGGAGAGAAACCGUACCAGUGCCCCGACUGCGGGAAGCGUUUCACUGAAAAGAAAGCCAUGAAGAAACACCAGCGCAACACACACGGGUCAGGGGCACACAGCAACACACACGGAACAGAGACACACAGCAACACACACGGGUCAGGGGCACACAACUCUGCUUUCUCUUUGCCUGGUAAAAAACUGAGAUUGAGUCAAGACGGGAGCCCUCGAGCAAAGCCGUACCAAUGCCCUGACUGUGGCAAGUGUUUCUCAGAGAAAAGAGCUCUUACGAAACACCAGAAGACACACAGGAGAGACAGCGCCCCCUAUUGGUCCGGUAUACUGCAGCGAUGGAGUCAAGACCCGCAACACUCUAAUACUGACUCAGACUCUGACCAAGACCAAGACUGGACCUCUUUAUAA